AUGGAAGAGGAUGAAGUUAAUGAGGAUGAAAUUGAUGUAAUUAAUAUUAUAGACAUUCUUUCAGUUUUACCAGAACAUAAUGCUGAUUAUGAGUCCCAUAGCCGAGAACAACCACCAAAUAAGGAAUGUAAAACUCAUGGUAAAAGUGUUGAUGAUGUUUUAACACGCCCUAGGUAUGUUAAUACUCCUCCAAUAUAUUCCUUUAAUUUCAUUUGUUUGGGUCGCGGGGAAAUAACGAACGAUCUUAGUAGGAUGCCACGAAACUAUAAUAGAAAAACUGAAAUAAAAUAUAGGCUAGAGGAUUUAAAAAAGGCCAUAAAAGACGUGAAAAAUAAAACUUUUUCAUUAAGUCAAGCCUCUUUAGCUUAUUCGGUGCCUAAAACCACAUUAUUUGACUAUUGCAAGAAAGAAUUCAUAACACAACCAAGAGGUGGAAGAAAAUGUAUAUUCUCAGAUGCACAAGAAAAAGAGUUAAAAGAAUAUAUUGUCAAAUGUAGCCAGGUUUUUUAUGGGUUAACAAUUGAAAUGGUGCGAAAAAUUGCUUUCAAAUUUGCUGAACGAAAUAAGUUGACCCAUAAAUUUAAUAGGAAAACCCAAUUGGCAGGUAAAGACUGGUAUUAUUCUUUCAUAAAAAGACAUUCAAAUAUUUCAUUGAGAAAACCUGAGCCCACUUCACUAAACAGUAUAAAUGGAUUUAAUGCAACAGAAGUAAAAAUGUUUUUUGAAAAUCUGGAAACUUUACAAAAAACUUAUCACUUUGACCCUAAUCAUAUAUAUAAUGUUGAUGAGACCGGUAUUUCUAAUGUUCAACGAAAUUCCAAAAUCUUAGCCCUUAAGGGCCAGAAACAAGUUGGGAUGGCAACCAGUGCGGAAGAAGGUUCAACAACUACAGUUGUUUGUGCAUUCAGUGCUUCAGGAAAGGGAGGCAAUGCUGAUAUGCUUGCUACGGUCAGUGACUCAGGUUGGAUCAAUGAAAAUUUAUUUGUGGACUGGCUUAAUCACUUUAUCUCAUUUGCUAAACCAACCAAAGACGAACCUGUGUUAUUAAUCCUAGAUAACCAUGAGAUCCAUAUUAGCUUUGAUUGCUAUCUACUCUGUCGUGGAAAUGCAAUUGUAUUGUUAUCCCUUCCACCACACACUUCCCAUAGAAUGCAACCAUUAGAUUUAACAUACUUUGGUCCACUCAAAUCUGCAUACAACAGGGAAUGUGACAUUUUUAUGGCAGCAAACAUAGGCCGAAGAAUUACUCAAUAUGAAGUUGUUGAACUAUUUACAAAACCUUUUAAUCGUCUCAGCAAUAUUGAAAAAGCAGCCAAUGGAUUUCGAGCAGCUGGUAUUUAUCCGUUAGAUCCCACAAAAUUUAAUGAUUUUUUUCCAAUCAGUAUCGUUACACAUGAAACGUCAUUACUUGAUAACAUUCAGAGUUCAGAAUCAGUUCAGACUUCAGAUACUCAAGCCAAAUCAUCUGAAGUGUUAGUUAACCUAUCAUUGAAUCCUUCUAGUGUAGGUCUGUCACCUGAUGUGAAUAUAGCCCCUGAACUGGUACUAAAUAGAUCAAAUCAGUCAAUAUCUCUUUUAAAUAUUGUCUCUGUACCUAAUUUGCCAAAAAGAAAAACCAGAGAAAGUCUAAGAAAAAAACAUUCUACUAUUAUCACUAGUUCUCCAAUGAAAGAUUUUUUAGAGGACAAGCAGCAAAAGAAAAGUAUGAAGGAACAAGAAGUAAAACAGACUGCUGAAAAGUAUCAUGAUCCACCCACGGAAGACUGGAUAAAAUGUUAUAAAUGUAAGUCUUGGUACCACGAGAAGUGCACAAGUUGUGCAAGUACAUCAAGAGGUUUUCUCUGUGAUUUUUGCUAUGAAUAA